GCGCCCGCUAUCCGGAGUCGGACUGGAAGGGGCGGUGCGCGGCGCGCUGGGGCGCGCUGGGGCGCACUGGGGACUGAGCCCCGGCCCCGCUCCCCAUUGGCCGCCACCUCGGCGGGAGGGGCCGCCUCCGGCUCGUGGCACCUGGCGUCGGCCCUCCGCGGGGAAAUCGGCGGCUGCCCUGCACCGGCGACCGGAGGUAAAGGAACCCGGGGGAAGGCCCCGGGCCCCGGCCGAGCUCUCUGUGACCGGCCCUGUCCUGCGUGCGGCCCCAGCGCCUGCGACGCUUGGAUGUCCCCAGCUCCGGCCGCGCCAGCUGGAAACUUUGACCCGCGAAGUCCCCCGCUUGCCUGACCGCACCGUGAGGCGCCAAGUCGGCCGCGCGCCCUCCGGGGCCCCGGAACCCCGCCAGUCAUUGCCUGGCGGCCCCGUACCCCGCGCCCGCGGCGCCCGGUCGCCAGGAUGCGCUACGCGGACCCCUCGGCCAACCGGGAUUUGUUGGGGAAUCGAACUUUGCUCUUCAUCUUCAUCUGCGCCUUCGCCUUGGUGACCUUGCUGCAACAGAUCCUGUAUGGCAGGAACUACAUUAAGAGAGGCCUCCCGUUUGGUUGGCAGAGUGGUGACCAGCUGACCAAUUGGACGGGGCUCUUUAAUGUCACGGAUGAUCCAGCAGUGCAGAGCGGCAGUGACUCCAGCUCCAGGUACUUUGAAUUUUACGAGGGGCCUUUUGAAUAUAACUCCACAAGAUGCCUGGAGCUGAGGCACGAAAUACUGGAAGUGAAGGUUCUGUCCAUGGUGAAGCAGUCAGAGCUGUUCGACAGGUGGAAGAGCCUCCAGAUGUGCAAAUGGGCGAUGAACAUUUCCGAGGCCAACCAGUUCAAGUCCACUCUGUCCAGAUGCUGCAAUGCCCCUGCCUUUCUCUUCACCACCCAGAAGAACACUCCCCUGGGGACAAAGCUCAAGUAUGAGGUGGACACCAGCGGCAUCUACCACAUCAACCAGGAGAUCUUCCGCAUGUUUCCCAAGGACAUGCCCUACUACCGGUCCCAGUUUAAGAAGUGUGCCGUGGUGGGCAACGGAGGCAUCCUGAAGAACAGCCGCUGCGGGAGGGAGAUCAACAGCGCCGACUUCGUCUUCCGGUGCAACCUGCCCCCCAUCUCAGAGAAGUACACCAUGGACGUGGGGGUGAAGACGGACGUGGUCACUGUGAACCCCAGCAUCAUCACAGAGAGGUUCCACAAGCUGGAGAAGUGGCGGCGGCCGUUCUACCGCGUGCUGCAGGUGUACGAGAACGCGUCGGUGCUGCUGCCCGCCUUCUACAACACGCGCAACACCGACGUGUCCAUCCGCGUCAAGUACGUGCUGGACGACUUCGAGUCCCCGCAGGCCGUCUACUACUUCCACCCGCAGUACCUGGUCAACGUGUCGCGCUACUGGCUCAGCCUGGGGGUGCGUGCCAAGCGCAUCAGCACUGGCCUCAUUCUGGCCACCGCGGCGCUGGAGCUGUGCGAGGAGGUGCACCUGUUUGGCUUCUGGGCCUUCCCCAUGAACCCCUCGGGCCUCUACAUCACCCACCACUACUAUGACAAUGUCAAGCCGCGUCCCGGCUUCCACGCCAUGCCCUCCGAGAUUUUCAACUUCCUGCACCUGCACAGCCGAGGCAUCCUUCGGGUGCACACGGGCACCUGCAGCUGCUGUUGAUGGCGGUCUGCCAGGCUGCCCAGCAAGUGGCACAUCCUCUCCUGCUGUCCCUCCCAGUGGAAUUCGGAGCCCCGAGCCAGGCAGUGUGGGAGCCUGGCGUUCAGGCUGUCCCUUUCUCCACAGUUCAGCUUUGUACUUGGAUCCUGGGGAGGGGAGGCAGGGUUAGGUACCGGGGCAGAGUCAGCUCUCAGCCUCCUGGCCUGGCCCCCAAGGGUGCCUCCACCUGCCCUGGCUAGCAUGCUACUGGGCCACACCCCAAGAUCAGGGGCUCUGGGGACUGCAAGUGAAUCAAGCACAUUUCCACUAACUUUUGCCAUCCGAGAGAGAGCACAAAGUGCAGGCCCCUGUUGCAGCGGAAGGAAGGCCCUACAGAGAAUGGAAUUGAGGGAGGAGACAGGACACUUCACAGGACACAUGAGCACAGUUGAGAUUUUAUUAACACUUUUGGUUCCUGAGUUUUAUAUUGAAGACUUAGCUAUGAAAUUCUAUCUAAAUCUCAGAGCUUAGAGGCCAACCCAGUGACUAGACCUUCCAGUGAAGAAAGCAUAUCUUAAGAGGUCGAGGGACUUAACAGCCAAGCCACCCCACCCGACAUUUUCUUCCGUGACACCUAGAGACCUAAUACAAGGCAAGGCCUGUGUCAUGUCUUAGCUGAGACAUCAUCAUCUGAGAAGCGCCACACUACCCUUUCAAACACAUCCUUGGACACACACGCAGUCUUGGUGCCUCCAGGUUCAAUCCUGCAUUAGCUUUUUUGAUGAGAAGGAAAUAAACCAGACCAGCCACUUGCACUAUGGCUUCCAAGCCAAUGUUAUUGACUCAAUAAGUGCUUAGCAAAUUGGCUUCCUCUUCUGUCUCCCUAUUUUCAGCUCCAUUUAAACCAGGAGUUAUUUAUAAAGACCUCUUCCUCUCAUGUCUAUGAAUCCAGCAGAAUCCUGCUGCAUCGUGUUCCUCAGUUGGAACCGUAGCCUCUGGGCUGGAAAGCACUGACAUGUGAGGCGGUGAGCUUAGCAGAGAGAAGCGAAUUGUGGCCUCCGACACCAGCAUCACUGAGGCUUCUGCUAUGAAGAUGUGACUUCCCACAGCGGACCCCUGGGCCUGGGCUUGGGGCAGUCAGCUGGGCUUAGGAAGAGAGGGGUUCACAUGUCAUUUCUCGUCUGACAUUAAUUCCCUUUGCUUCUCCCUGUGGUGUUUCCACCAAAAUGGGACUAUGUCUAA